CCGGUCCUUAUAUCCGACCAAGGUAAGACCAAACCAAGUGCCACAUGGAGAAACCUUGAUAUGGCAAUCAGAAGUGUAACAAAACUUGAGAAAUGCCACAGCUCAGAUUUAUCUCCGUAGAAGGUAGGGACGGAAAGGCAUCAAAAUUGACCAGUUCCGUCAGGAGUCAUGCGAUACGCGCAGGUCUUCGGAAAACCACGCAUCCGCGAAGGGUCAAGACGGCAGCAGAACAGUCCUACCGUUCUGCGAAAUGCAGGGAUGACCUGAUGGCCCACUUCAAAUUUCCUGAAGAAUUCCAAUCACUGACGGGCCUGUCUGGGCCUGGCAAUGCGUCCGCUAGACUGGCACUCCAAGAGUGCAGAACUGCACACACCAAUUCUGUACCCCAGACAUUUGUGGAGACUUCGACACAACUGCGGGCAUAUCACAUACAGGCUGUGUGUGCAGGCAGCAUUGAUCCAUUCAAUAGUCUCCCAAUACCGACAAAUCCAGAGGUAGACUGCCUAAUCAAGUACUUAAUUACUAAGUUCGGCCUCAACUUGGCCACAGUCGACCGCAGGAAGUCGUGGUUCCCCUAUGCAUUACAGAACGCGCCGAUGAUGCACAGCACUCUCGCAAUGACUGCGGCAUUGUGGCGAGCAGAACAUUCAGCUCUAGAGUAUUCGAUUCAGGUGGAGGGCAUACACCAGAAAGGCGAGGCGAUGCGAGAGAUCAGGACCAAGCUCGCACAUGCUGAGUCUGUCGGCAAUGAUGACGAUAUGAAUUUCUUGAUGGCCACCAUGUCAACUUUGGGAAUUGUCGAGACCUGCGAUGGUGACUUCGAGGCCGCUGAGACGCAUCUACGAGGCGUGCAAGAUCUUUUCAGCUCACGAGGCGGUCAUGACAGCCUCAAAGACGAUUUCGUGCUUUGCAAGUCAAUCAACCUGGCCGACAUCCAGGUCGCCGUCGCACUGGGCCAUCGACUCAAAUUUCCUCUUCUGCACACAGACCAGGCAUAUCUCCCGGCAUCAAUAAUAGAGCAGGCUUGGUACCCGCCACUGGAUCAUUCAAUACUCAACGAUAGCUCGUACUAUCAUGUUCGGAUAUUCGUCCAGAUAAGACAGCUGCUUUUGGCACGCCAGUCAUCAGUGGUCUCUCUGGAUGCCCUACGGACUCUAUUAAAUAUGGCGGAUGAUGCAAUCUUAAGGCACCUCUACCAAGACUCGACCGACGUGUCGGAUGCCAGCAGACGCUCACGUGCGCUCGUCCUAGCUGCGCACGUCUUCACGUACGUCACGUUGCGUCAGGUGCCGCCAUCGAGCCCCUUAGUUCGCCGAAUGUGCGCUAGACUUCAAAGUAUAGUCGGGUUGACAUCAUCUGCCAGGGAAAUCUGGACAGAGAACAUGGCGGCACUGUUGUGGGUAGCUUUCGUCGGGCUGCUCGGGAUGGGGACGGGGACGGGGGCGAAAACCCCUCCGGGAGGGCAGUGGUUCCUGGCCCUUUUUCAAUGCACUGUACAAAGGCAUCCACAAGGAUGUUCUCCGGGUGAUGGCAGCAUUCGCAGGUUGUUGUCUUCGUUUCUUUGGGAUGAGCUUUGUUGCCAGCCACUCCUAGCUGGGUUAGAGGAGCGGUUAGGUCAGGCACUAUAGCUGAGUAAGCCCGGUGAUUGGAAAAGCAUUUUGACCCACCCUUCCGAAAUAGGAAAUAUGUUUGAGUAGGAUUUGUGACACUGUGCUCGAGUGGAGUGUAUCAUAUUGCCUAAACAGGCGAAACUGACGCAUGCAGCCUUUCCAGCGCGUAUAGCCAAGCGUUUAAUAAGUAUAAAAGAGAC